ACAUUUCUGUUUGGUUGAGGUAUAAAAUCGUAUAAGAAUUAACCGCGUUUGACAGUUCUUCACCGUUAUCCUGACCUAGUGAGUGAGAAGUGGAAGAAUUGCAGAAUUCAGUUAACACAUUAUACGUAACUGACCAUCAAAAGGCAAAGUCGUACCGGCAAGUCCAAAUAUGUUGCGGUUCUUGGUGUUCGCGCUUUCCGUAUUUUCUUUCGCUCAAGCUCAGGUGCCCUUUUUUGGGCCUUGCCCUAAUGUGUCGACGGCAGCAAAUUUCGAUGUGCAGAGAUAUUUGGGGAAAUGGUACGAGGCGGAGAGAUAUUUCGCGAUUUUCGAAUUUGGAGGAAAAUGUGUCACAGCUAACUAUGAAGUGAGGAAGGACGGAGCGGUGAACGUUGUCAAUCAACAAAUCAGUGCAUUAACUGGUAUCCGAUCUACUAUUGAAGGAAAUGCUAAUCAAGUUGGAAGAUCUGACGAGGCGAAGCUGACAGUCAAUUUUCCAUCGCUCCCUGUUAAUUUUGACGCUCCAUAUUGGGUUAUAGCCACGGACUAUGACAACUAUUCUGUAGUGUGGUCCUGUAACAAUUUCGGAAUACUAAGCACAAGAAACGCCUGGAUUCUGACCAGAAAGAAAAAUCCCUCGCUUGACGCAAUGGAAAAAGCUUACGCUGCUUUAGACAAGCAAAACAUCAGUAGAGCCUAUUUCAUCAGGACUGAUCAAAAGAACUGCCCAAAUAGUAACUAAAAGGACUCUAAGUAAUUUGGGAAAUGGUGUAGGUUUAUUUAUUUAUUUAUUUCAUUGUAAUAAGAAAUCUUAAUUUUAAGGCUGAUGUAAAUGUAAA